GCGGGCUGUAUCAACAUUUCAGACACGAAUGAGGGACAAAAGUUGACAAAGUUAGCCGCAUAGAGUGACACUUUUUUGGAAAACGCUUCGUUUAUAGUGUCCGUUCAGAGAGCUGUACUUGUCAGCGUGAGCCGCUGAAUGCAGUUUUCGUGAUUUUUAAACACUGGAGGCAGCUGAAAAGGUACGUUAACGGCACACAGUUUUAAUGAAGGAGGCGAGUUAUUAUCGGCAACCUCAAAGUGACGCUAAGCUAAUCUGACUAGCCUGUCAGCGGGGUUAAAAAACUUGAAUUUUAAACGAAUUGUUGCUUUAACAACCGCUCACCAUGUAAGUAAGCUUUGUAAUGCACCUUAUUUAAAAUAAACGAAAGGCCGCUUCGUACCUUUUUGGUUUAUUCCAUAGACAGAUCCGGAUUUAGGGUGUUCAAUACGUCUGCUAGCAAUGUAAUCAAUAUUCACAUUAAAAUUCGUCUUUUAUCCCUGAGUUUGAAUGUCCCUAAGUGGAUACGUGACUGUGUGUAAUGAUGUCACCCUCUAACACCAUGGAGCUGCUCCGCACACUCAAUGAAUAAUGGAAGUCGUUGAUCACCAUGGCAACUCAUCCAUGGUGAUAUUUCUGAGACUUGAGGGAAUUUGUUGUUCCCUUGUGAAAGCCAUAUUACGACCGCAUCAAACUGAGCAGCUGUCACAUGUGUGGAAAGCUUGUAGAUGCUGAGAACCCCCUGGUGUUAAAAGUUAGAGUUUUCCUGUCCUUGGAAAUACAUUGAUUUGUUUGGCUACCAUAUUUCCAAUUUAGUGGACCUCCAUUUUGUGUUAAAAACAACCACAUCAACACUACAGAGAUCACUACUGGGGUAUCCCGUCUUGCAAAUUUCCAUCAGAUUUGCAGUUUUUAAUUUGUCUGCCAAAGGGACACUUGAAGAUACAAGGUCAGAUCUGUCAGAUAUGGACAAGACUAUUCUAUGUUAUCUUGUCAUGGUGUUUGAUGGAUGUUAGUUUAUUUUGUCAUGAUAAUAACUCUUUCCGUUCUGCUUUUAUCUCCAGGUUAAGAUCGCAGCCUGGCAUCAUGACGAAUGAGGAUGCAAAGUUGAUCCCUGUGCGAGUUGCCUUGCGCUGUCGCCCUCUGGUUCCUAAAGAAAUCAGUGAGGGAUGUCAGUGCUGUCUGACAUUCGUGCCUGGGGAGCCACAGGUCUGCUCUGACAGUCAAAGAAAAUAUGUUUAGAUUCUGUUUUGGUUACCUUUAUGUCAAUAUAAUUGCAAACUAUAUGUUUAUUUUAAAUCUGCACAUCAUUUCUCUACCGUUUGUUUUGAAAUAACUAAGUCAUCCUUUUUUUAGGUGAUUGUUGGCACAGAGAAAGCAUUCACCUAUGAUUAUGUAUUUGAUCCCACUGCCGAACAAGAGGAGGUCUUCACUACGGCCGUGGCCUCCCUGUUGAAUGGACUUUUCAAAGGUAGCUUUGGCUUUCAACAAAAAUGUCAUAUCAAUCAAGUGACAAAAUGUAUAUUUAUGUUGUAACCCUGUUCCUUCCUCCUUAGACUGAUUCCUUGACAUUCAUUCACAUGUGAGCCAGACUUGAGUGGUGUGUGGCUUAGCUCAAGGAAAUCACAUGAGACUUCAUGAAAAAUGUCUAUGCAUUAACAGAGAAGUCAAACAAUCUUUUUUAUCAUCAAUCUUUUCAGUUGAACUAAUUGGUGUUCUGUGUAUAAUGCCUGUUUUGUAGGCUACCAUGCCACAGUUCUUGCCUAUGGACAGACAGGAUCAGGCAAGACCUUCUCCAUGGGAGGCACGUACACAUCAGCUCAAGAAAACGAUCCCUCGGUUGGAGUCAUACCGAGAGUUAUAAAAAGGAUUUUUGAGGAGAGGGAGAAGAGGACAGAGUGUGAAUUUCACCUGGCAGUGUCUUACCUGGAGGUUUGUGGAAAAAUAUUCCCUCACAUCCAGCAACUAUUUCAUUGCAGAAUGACUUUCUUAGUUGGUUAUCCCUUUUUUUGUAGAUCUACAAUGAAGACAUACUGGACCUUCUUUGCGUAUCUAAAGAUAAACCCACCAUCAGUAUUCGAGAAGAUCCUAAAGACGGUAUUAAGGUAAGAGACUGUUUUGCAAAAAUCAAUACUUACAAUGCCCAUAAAAAGACAGUCCUCUCAACAUUCAUAAAUCCUUUAAAAUAAUGACAGAUUUCCAGCUUUGUCAUGAUUGUAUCUUUAAAAUCUCUUUUCCAGAUUGUGGGUUUGACAGAGAGGCGGGUGUCCUCAGCCCAGGAGAUGGUCGGCUGUCUUGAACUCGGAAACUCCGCUCGCACUGUUGGUUCCACUGCAAUGAAUGCGGCUUCCUCUCGCUCACACGCAAUCUUCACCAUCACACUGGAGCAGCGCAGAGGGAAAGACAAGUCAGUUUGGUGGUGUUUUCUCUUUAAAUGUUUUGGCAAACAUCAGCUCCCUUUGACCUUAACAUACUGCACUGCACUGUGUUGACACAUAGUUAAGAUUGAUCCACCCUGAAGUGAAAACGAACUGCAUGUUAGCUCUUUUCUGUGAUGCAGUUAGAGAAAAACUUAUAAGUGCACUGAUCAGCCAAAAAAGUAUGAAGACUAAAAGGUCAAGUGAAUUUUGUUGAAUAUUUUGCUACAACAGCAGCUGCCAGUGGGUUGAAUAUGUUUGGUUGCAAGUGAACAUUUUGGCUUCAAAGUAGUUGUGCUGGAAACUUUAAAGUGAGGCUAAUAAAAGUCUGGACAACCCUGACAAAGUCAAAUGUGACAGCCAGAUGACUGAGUCAGAGCGUCUCAAAGACUGCAGCUCUCAUGGGGUGCCUUGGUCUGCAGAGGUAAUUACCUAUCAAAGUGGACCAGGGAAGGAAAACUAGUAAAACCUUGACUGAGUCAUGGGUGACCGCGGCUUAUUGAUGUCUGUGGGGAUUAAAGGCCGGCCCAUUUAGUCCUAUCCAACGGAGGAACAACUGGAGCUCAAAUUGACGGGAGAGUUCAUGCUGUUUCUGAUGUAUAGGUGCUGGACCAGUCUGUUGCUUACAGUCUGGGUAGCUGCAAACUGGUCUGGUUGACUUUGCUGACCCCUGUACCCAUCUGAAACCAAGGAAUAGGCUCUUGAGCAUCAGAACUGGACCAUGGUUUUGGUUUGAAUUGUGCUUCCAACAUCCAAGAUGAUAAAAGAUGCUCAUGUAUUGGCUUUAUUUAGCUUAUUCUAUUCAAUAAGAGUGUUUUUUCUUUACAUUAUGACAUACACUCACCCGUCCGCUUUAUUAAGUAGACCUUGCUAGUUCCAGAUUGGACCCCUUUUGCCUACACUCUUCAUGGCAAACUUUAAACAAGAAACUUCCCAAAGGGGGCUCAAUUGGGUUGAGAUCUGGUGACUGUGAAGGCCAUUGAAGUUCAGUGAACUCAUUGUCAUGUUCAAGAAACUGGUUUGAGAUGGUUUGAGCUCUGUGACGUGGUGCAUUAUCCUGCUGGAAGUAACCAUCAGAAGAUGGUACAUUGUGGUCAUAAAGUGAUGGACAUGGUCGACAACAAAACCCAGGUAGGCUGUGGUCUUUAAUCAAUGCUCAGUUGGUACUAUGAGGCCCAAAGUGUGCCAAGAAAAUACCACCCACAUCUUUACAUCACCACCACCAGCCUGAACUGUUGAUACAGGACAGGAUGGAUCUCUGCUUUCAUGUUGUUAACUCCAAAUUCUGACCCGACUAUCUGAAUGUUACAGCUGAAAUCCAGACUUAUCAGACCAGCAAGUUUUCCCCAUCUUCUAUUGUCCAGUUUUGGUGAGCCUGUAUGAAUUGUAGCCUCAGUUUCCUGUUCUUAGCUGACAGGAGUGGCUCCUGGUGUGGUCCUCUACUGCUGUAGCUCAUCUGCUUCAAAGUCUGAGCACUUGUUCUGCAUAUUUGGUUGUAAUGAGUGGUUAUUUGACUCACUGUUGCCUAUCUAUCAGCUUGAACCAGUCAACCCAUUUUCCACUGACCUCUACCAUCAACAAAGCAUUUUCCUCCACACAACUGCCACACACUGGAUACUUACUCUUUUUUCAAAGCAACUAAGUCUUUUUUCAGACCAUCUUCUGUGAACUGUAGAGAUGGUUGUGUGUGAAAAUCCCAGUAGAUCAGCAGUUUCUGAAAUACUCAGAGCAGCCCAACCACGCCAUGUUCAAAGUCACUUAAAUCGGCUUUCUUACUUAUUCUGAUGCUCGGUUUUUACUUCAGGAAGUCAUCUUUACCACGUCUACAUGCCCAACUGCAUUAAGUUGCUACCAUGAUGUGAUUUGAAUAGGUGUACCUUCAUAAAGUGGCCGCUGAGUGUCAUAAUGUUCGCUCGAUAAAAACAGUUUUGUCUCACUUGAAUUGUAUCAGCAGAUCUUUAAUUUUCUGGCAACAGCUUUAACUUAAUUAUUCCUGCUGCACUUUGUUGCAGAGAUACCUCUCGAGCUGCUGUAUGUGCAGAUACACCAACAAUUUCAGAAGACUUUCCUCUAAAAGUUAAGUGUAGUCUUAAACUCAGUCUUUCUCUAACCUUUUGUUGCAGAGUCGACUCGGUUGUUUCUAAAUUGCACCUUGUGGAUCUGGCGGGUUCAGAGAGGCAAAAGAAAACCAAAGCAGAGGGAGAUCGUUUGAAAGAAGGUAAACAAAAUGUGUUUUUCCUCAGAUUUACCUGGUCGCCACUGUUGGAUCUGUGAUUCUCCCAGUGUGAUAUAAAGCAAAGAGGAACAUUUUUGUGUCGUUUUCUUAAUGUUGACACUUUGUGCCUUUUUAUAAUGGAAUCUCUGUUUUGAUGAUAUUCAUUUUCCUGUUCAGGCAUCAGCAUCAAUCGUGGCCUUUUGUGUCUGGGUAAUGUGAUCAGCGCCUUGGGGGAUGAAAGCAAGAAAAACACCUUUGUUCCCUACAGAGACUCCAAGCUUACCCGCCUACUGCAAGGUCCGCUUUGAUUUAGAUGUUCAAGAGUUACUUUGUUGUCAUUAGGGUAGCCUCAGACACUGUUCAAACCUUCAAAUAUGAACAAAUAGCAUGGAAAGCACACAGUGGGCAGCUGUCUUCUCUUAGCUUUGAUUUUGCGAUGAAAAGUUUUUAAUGCUCGCAUCUAACGACGAAACAAACUGAAACGCUGAUGUGUCUAUUUCUUACAUGCUGAGCAGGAUCUGCUUGAUGUUUACUGUAUAUUUUUUGCAAAAAUGGCAGAAUUUCUGGUUAGUGUAGAUAACAAACAGACAGCUUCAUAAGCACCAACAAUGCAACUUAGUGAAUAGCAGCAGAAUAAUUCCACAGAGUGCUUUUUGUGAACGAUUUGGUUUGUUUCACCAGAUUCUUUGGGAGGCAACAGCCACACUCUGAUGAUCGCCUGCAUCAGUCCCGCAGACUCCAACAUGGAGGAGACCAUCAACACACUUCGAUAUGCUGACAGAGCUCGAAAGAUCAAAAACAAGCCGAUUGUCAAUGUUGACCCCAGAGCUGCAGAAAUGAACCGACUCAAACAGCAGGUACAGGACUUCCAGAGACCGCAGAAUCGGAUCCUAAACCGCCAUGAUGCUGCAGCUUAAAUGAGUUUAUUAUCAUUUAUGAGUUUGAUAUUUUUCUUUUGAAUAAGCCUUUCAUAAAUGCACUUCCGGAAAUUUCUAGAAGUUUUGCUCUGUCCCCAAAAUGAUGAAAAGUUGCUCAGCUGUUCACAUAUGUCCCUCACAGCAUGAAGUGAUAGAUAAUCCUGAUUCUUCUUCUGAUGGAUUCUAGGUUCAGGAGCUGCAGGUGAUGCUCCUUCAUGCUCGCGGAGGAGUUGCCCCGGUGCUUUCUGGGUAAAGAAAAUUUCUCAACAACGUGAUGUCCCACCAGGGUAUCAGAUAAAUGCACCCAGGGUACAAAUUACCCACAACAAAAGGCCAUAACAGUUACUCAGUCCCUGUGUUUUAGGCCGGAGUCAGCGGACAAUGUGACUAAACUGUUAGAAAGGAACCGCGCUCUGCAGGACGAGAACAAUAAGCUGAGCCGAGAGCUGAGCGAGGCAGCGGGACAGACGACCUUCAUGUUUGAGAAGAUCAUUAUGGUGAGCCAAGCCCUGGCCAGAACAUUAACUGAACCUUCCUCUACAGCCAUUUUUAAGGGCUGAUGGGAAAAAACUGUGACCAUGAGUAAUAAUGUGCUCAUUUGUACUCAUAGGAAGGACAAAAAACCAUUAGAGUGGAGAUAAGCAUUUAAAUUAAACAUCGACUUUUUAAAAAAUGAAUGAAAUAACACAAUCUGCAUUUGAUCUUUCAACAUCUUUAUUGCCCUGUUAGUAUCUGGCGUGUUUGUCACAGAGCUUGAUCUUUAUUUUAUAGACAGAACAAGCAAACGAGAAACUACAAAGCAAACUGGAGCAACUGCGGCACCAUGCGGCGUAAGUACACAAAUGAAAUAAAACUAACAGGGCUUCAGGAUGAGCCUGAAACACCCUGAAUAGUACACAGACUCUGACAUUUUGAAAAACUACCAAAAAGAUAUAUUAUUUGAGGCCCAACUGUGUCUCAGACCACCAGACAUACAAUAUACUGAAGAAUUUUUUUUUUAUCAGUGACUCAAAACUGCUUUGCUAUAGCUUUUCCAUGUUGGCCAAAGCUACAGUGAUCCUGAGGAGCCACAUUUCUUAUUGGCUUUGUUUUUCUUUUCACAGCUGCGCUGUGGACCUUGAGAAGCUAUUGGAGACACUGGAGGAUCAGGAGUUAAAGGAGAACGUUGAGGUGAUGAAGAACCUGCAAGAAGUCAUCCUGGAGCUCAAGGUACACAAAUCUGCCUCUAUUAGAGCAUAUUAGAAGACAUCUCUAUGGUCGAGACAUCCUGGGUAAAUAUUAGUCAAACUCUGAGAAAGAUUUUGGUUUGAUUAAAUAUGAUUUCACUGAAAAAAAUAACAUUAACAACAUAACAUUAUAUUUGACAUAACAUAAUAUUUUUGUAAGAUGCUGCUUACAGCUUAUAUGAACAAAGCUAUAACUUGAAAAAAAGGAUAACCCAUGGUCUUCAAAUCUCAGUGACUCGUUAGGCAUAGUUAAAGAAAUCUUGUGUGUGGAAUCUAGUGAGUUUUAUCUUGAUUAUUCUGGUCAUGAAUUCAGUGAUUUAAUAAUAAAUACUGCACGCUCAGCAUUUUUAAAUAUAUUUUUACCUUUUAAUAUGGUAACAAUCCAAAUGUCCAGUUAUCUUGUGAAGCCUAAAUAAAUGUAAAUGUUACACCUGUGUGUCACUCUGAUGACAGUGUUUAAAGUAAAUAGUGACGACAGAGAAGAUAUCUGCUAAUAAUCUGGCUAAUCAUAUGUUUGCUUUUUAAAAUACAAGAAGCUGUACAGGUGUAAAGAUUUAAGCAGAGUUUCGGGGCUUUUGGAAAAUAGAGUUUCUUCAUUUAGCGUUUCAUCUUUAUUCGUGUGGAGUGGAGCUGUUGGGGGCAUUGCACAUUAUGAUUGACUCAUUAUCUUCUGAUUUGGGGGGAUACAGGCGGAAAAGCAAAUGUGUAAUCAUCUGAAGCAAGACGGAGAAAUUUCAAUUCUGCACUUUUGAUGGAUUCCCUGAAUACUAAAAUACAUGACUUAGUUUUUUUCAUGUAUGUAUUUAGAUCAGUUAUCAAUUAUUUCUUACUGUUCAGAAUGAGAGCGCAGGAAUUUCUGCUACCAUUGACGCCAUUGCAGCAGGAGAGGACGGCCCUGAUGUGUCUGGAAAUGGCAGUAAAAAUUCAGCAGAUGAGUCCUCUUCAGUAAGUCAACUUUUUUCCUUCACGACGUCUGAUGAUCAUGACUGACAUAUAAAUGAGAUUAUGAUCCUCAGUGUUUCCACUUCAAAUUAACACUCUGUAAUCUCAUAACUUUCUCACUUGAUCAAAAUCAAGGACGGUCUCUCUCCUCGGCACUUCUCUUGUUAACACACUUGUCCUGUUUCACUCAUUAAACAGGAUGUCACAGCCAUGGGUGGGAAGGACUCCCCAGAGGCCUUUACAACCCAUCAUGCACUCCGGCAGGCCCAGCUGUCCAAGGAACUGAUUGAGCUGAACAAAGUGUUGAGUCUGAAAGAGGCUUAUGUGAGGAAAAUGUGUCAGAAUGACACCCAGCUGGAGCCCAUGCAGUCAGAGCACCAGGUGAGAGGAUUCAAUCUCACGGCCAUUUGAACCACUGACUACUCAUGAAUUUGACUGGGGCUUGUUUUAGUUGGUCAUCUGUUGUGCAUAAAGCAGCGCCGCUCUUCUUCUUUGCUGAUUUGUAAAAGUUGUGUUUUCUAUCACCCAGAAAUCUUUGCCAUGGAAAGUAUUUAAAUAACGGUGUUUAGGUAGUUUGCAGUAAGUCAGUAUGAUUGACACCUGCCCCAACAAGCAGCUGUAAACAUUAGCGAUUACUAAAUCGAAGUAGUAUUGUCUUUUGUUAUGGUCUGCUUGCUUUUGUGGAUCUGAAAAAGACACCUUUUUAUUUCAGUCUUAUUUAAUAACCUGUUAAAGUCUCUGCACAGGAGCUUUAAGUUUCUGAUCUGUAUAAAACUUCCAAUUGGCCAAAAUUGGAUAGAAAUUUAGUGGCAUGAAAUAUAAGUGUGUUUAAAAGUGUGUUUUUUGUCUUACAGAAAAAUGUACAGUCUCUCCAGUCUUCCGUUGACUCGCUGCAAAAGGAGAAAGAAGAACUCGUUUUGGCUCUUCAGUCGGCAAAGAAGGACACAAACCAUGCUAAGUAUGAACACGUUUGUCACUUUGGCUGUACCUUUAGAGGAAGUCAAGAAGAAGUAGUAGAAGCAGAGGAAUCUGACAAACCCGUUCUGCCCUCACCUCUUUGUAAAGGUUGAGCGAGCAGCGCAGGAAGAGGCUGCAGGAGCUGGAGGGCCAGCUGGUGGACAUGAAGAAGAAACUUCUUGAGCAGUCCAAAAUGCUGAAACUCAAGGAGUCCUCUGUGCAGAAAGUCGGCAAGCUGAUGCAGGAAAUACAGGUGAGCAGGGGUAUGAGAGUAUAAAUUCAAAUAUGCACGGAUACCAUUUCAUAAAGUAUCCCCUCUUCCAACAAUGAUAUGACUGUCUGCUGAUGGAGGUUGAUAUUAUUCAUGUAUCAGGUGUUGGCCUCACGUAGGAUUAUAAAACACAUGUAGUAAGAUUGAUUGUUCUUAUCAAAAAAGUGUCUCAAAGAAGCUGAAGUCUUUUGACAAGGUCGCUGCAGGAACAUUUCUUGAUCUUCAAACUAAUAUAACCGUUCUGGAGUCAAGAUGCCCGCUCAGCGACUAAAAUGUGAAAAAAAGGGGUUUGUUUGUUUUUCUCUUGGCGUCAUGUGCACCGAGUUGGCCCAGAGCGUUCAUUAUUUUCCUUGACUGCUUGACUCACAUGUUGGCCAAACUCGCUCACAGUAACUUUGUUGUUCUCACAGGCGAUGAAGACUCAGCGCACACAGCUCAUGAGGCAGAUGAGGGAGGACUCUGACAAGUUCAGACAGUGGAAGAGCAAGAAGGACCGUGAGGUUCUGCAGCUGAAGGAGAAGGUACUGCAGGAUGUUUUUUCUCUUACAAAUAUUUGACCACUAUCUAACCCUUUCAUGUACAUUAAACCUGAGCUUCUGUGGCUUCCUGAGCUCCUGAGUUUCUUAUCUGUUUGACAGGAUCGCAAACGUCAGUAUGAGCUGCUCAAGCUGGAGAGAGAUUUCCAGAAACAGGCCAACGUUCUUCGACGCAAAACUGAGGAGGUGAGGCGUCUUGGUCCGUCUGCAGUUGCUUCUCUGUACUUUUUAAGAGAAGUUGCAAGAUUUUCAAUUUUAUUGCCAAAAAAAAACAUAUUUUUCUCAAAGGUGGUAUCAAUUUGCUCUGGCCUGCACUGAAAAUGAGAUGCAAGCAAAUCCCCCUGAAUGUUUGGCUAAUGCACAAGUAUUCAAAUACAGUGUUUCUAGAAAUGAUUAAAAGCAGCUUUACGCUUUCUACAACAGGCUGCAGCUGCAAACAAGCGUCUGAAAGAUGCUCUGCAGAAGAGAAGCGAGGUAGCAGAUAAACGCAAAGACACCCACAGCAGAGGAAUGGAAGGAGCUGCUGCAAGAGUCAAGGUAACGAGUGAAUGAAAUUCAAUGUCAUCGUUGGCCCUGAAGUGUCAUAUUAGUCCUUUUCACAUUCUUUUCAUUCCCUCUAAAAGGAUUUUUUUACUUGAUAAUUUCAUACAUAGAUGUUCGAACAUGUGGGUAGGUGUGGUAGAAACCUGUGAAGGGCUUACACAAAAACAGAACAGCUCCAGCCAAAUAAUCUAGACUCACCCCAGGCUGUGAAACAAAAUAUCAAGACUAUCCUGGGGAUUUACGUUUCUUAAUUGUGACUGUAUUUCUGUGAGCAGACAUGGCUUCUCAAUGAAGUGGAGGUGUUGGUCAGCACUGAGGAGGCCCGACGUCACCUCAACGACCUGUUGGAGGACAGAAAGGUUCUGGCUCAGGAGGUCAACCACCUCAAACAGCAGAUGGAGGCAGGAGAGAAACCUGCUGCCAAAAUCAGGGUGAGAUGGAAGUAGCCUGCUCUUAUGCAUGACUUACUGUGGUGGUGUGCGCAAAAGCGUGAGAAAGGGGACUUCAGCAAAGUGGAUAUGUCACAAAGAUUCAACUUGAUGCUUUUGGCGUUCUUCCACAGCGUCGGACACUGAUCAUCUCAGAGCUGGAGACCCAGGGGGCGCUGGAAACACCUCUGACUAAACAGGUGGAGAACCUGGAGACCGAGAUGGGCCUCAGGUAAGGCUCGGUUCAGACACUGCCCUUAAACUCUACCCCUACUAUUUUUUAACUUUAUAUCAGGACACAGCUGUGAAGAUUUUUUCAAACAUGAUUGAAGAAUUUCUUGAGUCAAAAUCUGUUUGUUUUUCCCAGGAAUGCUCAGAUAGCCGACCUGCAGCAGAAGGUUCUUGUUGCAGAUGGCGAGGGUCGUUUGAAACAGCGCAUAGACAGCUUCACAAGCAUAGUGGAGGCAAAGUGCGCUCUGAGAGUCCUCAUGUCCGAGGUGAGCGAGAGCAAGCAUGAGUUUUACGUUCCCUAUGAUGACGUUUUUUUUUUAACUUGUAAUCUGAACCAUUUUUCAAUUUCCCCUGUUGAAGCUGGUGUCUGCCAAAACAAUGAGCUCAAAGCUGGAGAGCGAAGUCAAACAGGAGAAAGGGAACAUCCAGGAUUUAAGGAAGAUGCUGACUGAUGAGAGAAACGUGAUGUCCAGCAUGGACAUGGAGCAUCAGCAGCAGCUGGUGGAGCUCGAGCAGAGGCAUCAGGAGAAGGUGAUCAAAUAAAUUUUUCCUGUUUCAGAGGUGUGCAUGUUAGCGCCCGACCCAUUUAUCGGUGAACCGAUUAAAUCGGCCAAUUUUAGCCUUUUUGAGACUAACAGGUAAUUGGCCAAAACUCGCCGAUUUUUGCUGAUGUUUUCAGAUAUAAAAUGCGGAGAAUAAGAUUCGGUUUCACUUCGAAAAUGUUCCGCCAUUUGAAAAGUUCCCCGACUUAUCCAGUAGAUGGCGCAACGACCUCAUGACUAUCUUCAUCCACUAACUACCUCACAGCACAGCAGAGUGACGGAUUUGCAGCAGGCAGCUCAGGGACGCACGGAGGAGAGUGGUCCGCCUCAAUGAUUAAUAAAAAACAGUUUGUGAAGUACACAAUAAGUCAACAAGUUUCAGUUCAACCCACUUCACGAUGUUCCCCGCUGUGCUGGUCUUGGUCACGCCGAGUUAACAGUAAAGCACCAUGUAAUAUGCAAGCUAAAGUUAGAGUUAGCCACCUGGGGCGUGGGGGGGUAGUUGAAAACGCUUUUCUGGUCCGAGUUUGAUUCAUGAUAAAUACGUGGAAUAUUACUGAGAUGGUCAUUUGGUCUAAAAUCCCUAUCGGUCGGGCUCUAGUGCAUGUUAAAAAAAAAUCUUUGUUCUCCAUAUUCACCUUUUGAUUCUGUGCACAGGUCCUUUACCUGCUGAACCAGCUACAGAGCAAAACCAUCUGUGAAGAGUCAGAAACACAGAAAGACGAGGAGAGCUCAAAGGAGAAGGAGCUUCUGCAGCGCCUCAAACUCCAGGUGUGUCUCUCCUCGUUGUAAAGUGUCUGAUACACCUUUGAUAACACGUCUUUUUCUUGUUUUGGUGAAAUUUUGCUGAAUUGCAAAAACCCUAAUCAUGAGGUUAUUUUUGAACACCUCUCAGGAGGAAGAGCUCGAAAAGCUGCGAGAGUUGAGCGAGCAGAACCAGAAGCUGGUGGAGCAGAAUGAGCAGUACAGACAGGUAACCCCAGCCUUUGAGCGAUGUAGAGUCGGAUUUGUUUUUAUUUUGUCUAGUUUUAAUUCAGAAAGACCCUUACCUUGUAGCAGCACAAUGAAAAGUUCAGCUGUGUAAUUGGCUCAAACUUCAAUGCACGUUUCCCUCUGCAGAGACUCUCUUUGUUGCAGCUGGCCAGUGGACAUAAAGUCCUUGUCCCUCCGACUUUGAAUAUAAAGAGCCCAGACGACUCAUUUGAAUAUGUUCCUCCGAAGGUUAGUAAUCCCUGAUAACCUUCGACCUACCAUCUUGUCUCUGUCUUUAUUCAGGGCUAAUUUAGUUUGAAUUGGCUCAUCUGGGUUACUCCACAUUUCACACCUAGAAUGAGGACAUAAGCUCUAAGUCCACUUAAGGAUAAAGCAUUUACCUCCUCACUAGUCGACACCAGAAUAGCUGGUCAGUUUAGAUCUUUAUUAAUGUUUUUUAAUCAUUUGAAGCCAAACGCUCGUCAUAUGGUUUGGUUAAUAGCUACCUCCAUGUUGUUCUAAUACUUAACUGUCCAGACAAAACUUGCACAGACAACAGUUGGUGUUUUGUAGGUGGUUGUAGACUGUGUCUGAUUUAACUGUCUGAUAAUUGCUGGACUGGGAAGUGCAACGUGUAUCCAGCACAAGUAUGCGGUUGUUGACCUGCUAGGAGGACUGGAGCUCUGCUAACGUUAGCCACACUAACUGAUUUGACAUUGUUUACCCACUGAGUCUAUAAUGUCGUGUUUAACCAUGAAAAAUCAAUUGUGCCCAGUUUUUGACUUUCUUUUUGGUCUUUUCAACCUUUUAGAUGAGUCGGUAAAAUGGAAUUCAAAUUUUUCUUAAAAAAGAACAUGAAAUUGGUCUCUUUAAAACAUCCUGAUUUGCUCUUUUGACAUGCCUUUCCCUUGUGCUUUCAUUUUCUUCCUUUCAUUUUUUUUAAAUACGUUUUUUUUUUUUCCAAGCGACUGUCAGAACUAAGACUUUAAAAAACCCACAAAGGAAUUAGAAGUUUGCUUAAAACGUUGUCUUGGUUAAAUACAAGUGUGCUGAUCUUCCUUUCUCUGUGUCUUUUCAACUGAAAGCCUAAAACAAAGCGCUUCACCACAGCGAAAGCUCCUCUGAGUAUGGACAUCAACAUGGACGAACUGAUGUCUCCCAGUGAGGAUGAGAACGAUGAAGCAGCUGACGAGUGGCGUCCUGAGAAACCUGAGAAAGGACGCAGAGUAUCCAAGAAACCAAAACCAACUGGGGUAAGUGUGGACUCCUCCUGAAAGUGGUCACAGGAGACCACAAACAAGAGAGUGUGAUGUGAAAGUUAAACAUCUGAGCUAGCGACAUCUCUGAAGGAAGGGUUAAGCAUAGUUUGAUCAUACUCGACACAAGCAUACUUAAACUAAAGAAUUCUUACUCCUCUUUUCAGUGCGCAUGUAAAGGUCGCUGCGGCAACAAGCAGUGCCGGUGCCGUAAAGGAAAGAUGACGUGUGGAGAGAACUGCCAGUGUGAUCAUGAGAAAUGUCGGAAUAUGGAUAACCAGGCGCCUUCGAAGGUGAGAUAUCUAAUAGUUUUUUGACACUGUCCUGUAAAUCUGGAAAAAAAGUGAUUGUUUUAUACAUUUCCUACAUUUGAAAUGUACCUUUUUUUUGUAAUUGAAGACAUCUUUUUUUUAUCGUUUCAGGAUGUUAGUCAGGCAGACAAUGUUUCCAGAGACUCCGUGUCUUUUCAGGACCCCACAGCCGUCAGCCCUGAUAACACCACCUUCUUCAAACCCCCAUCUUGCACACCAACUAAAAAGGUAAGCUGGUUUUUAACGACAGGGUGACAACACGGGGCAAAAUCAUGUCUAAUCAGGCUUUGAGAAUGAUUUUGGUGAAAUUUAUCCUGUGAAGCAUGAAAAUGAAAACCCCAAUAGAUUUGUAAGAGAAUGUUUUCUAUAGUAUCCAUUUUUUAAACUUAUACGCUCUUUUUGUAGGUGCUGAAAGAAAUUGGAGACAUAGGACAUGUCUCUGCAGACCUGAAGCUGGUCAAAAAGCCCAUCUUCGCAGCAGAAGAGGAGGAGGAGGAGGAAGAAGAAGAGGAGGAAGAGGAGAGAACAACAGUCAGCUUCCUCAAGAAGAAGAAGAGGAUCCUGACGAGUUUUCAGAACAGUUUUUUCGUGGGAUGCACUCCGAUCAGAGAGGAGUCUUAGUCAGGACAGAGAGAAGAUUUUAACAGUUGGUGUCCGUGUGUGUCUGUUUGGUGUUUUGUAAACGUCUCUUAUCUAUGUGGUCCAGCUGUUGUGGACUGUAACUUGAAAUAGUUGUUGAUUCUAAAUCACUUGUUUGUCAGGAGAGGGUAUCAGAGGGACUGUGAAUAGUAUUAAACGUUUUACUGGAAAUCACAAAGAGAGAUGAUUAACCUGUACAUAGUGUUUUAGUUUAAUGUAGCACACGAUAUUUUUUUCCCACUAGGAAAGACAUGAUUUACUUUUCCUGUCCAUCAAAUUCAGUUUUAACCCACAUAGAGUCAAAAAGACUGACUUAAAUGUUAUUAAACAGUUUAUUUCUUAGACAGCAUCCUCAGUGUUUCACUCUGCUUUUAUUGUCAGAGCUCAAUAAAGUCUUCCAGCCAAAUCUUGAUUUUAAGAACAAACUGUCAGAAAUCUCAAUUUUGUUGGUUUGAAAGUAAUUUAUUUCAUUUAUUAGGAUGUAAUGGCUCAUGGUUUUCUUUGGACUUUGCUAUUUUUUAAAAAGCAGCUAUUUUAAAGUGGAAAAAAUAAAUGUAAACAUUAAAUCAAUAUUAUUCUGAUCACAUUUUUGUUUUCCAACUAUUUCCGCCAUCAAGGGAGACCUUUGUCCUAAAAUCUGCUACAAUGAGCAGCUGAUAAGUUUUUCUUUUUUCUCGCCAAUCUCUUGAAAGCUAAGGCGAGUGAAAAGACAACCUAGGAAAACAGAAAGAUCAGAUUUAAUCAGGUUUUUGGGGUCAUUUUCCUGCUACAUUUUUGCCUUUUCCAUCCAUUUGUGCAAAAUUAUGACUAUUUGGGGAAAUAGUAGCUGACAGACUGAUGUUCAGGCCUCUAAAUCUUGUGCUGUAAAAAAACAUGCAUGUUUGCUACAACUUCUAUGCUGUUUUUUAUGCUUCUUAAUUGGUCAAAUAAAGCUUCAACAUUUAAGAGAGAAGUUCUCAGCAGAAAAAAGCUCUUUAGCAGGGAAUAGUAGUUGAGGUAAAUGCAUCUAAGUUAGACAAGUCCACGUUUCUCCCUCUGUUACUUCGGGGGAAUCGCGGCUUUCUUCGACUUGGUGGCAUUUCAAACCACUGCCAGUUUUCCUCCUGAUCCCCCCCAAAUAAAUGAACACCUGAUUAAGAGCACAUGAUGUAGCCAAGAGCAUGGAAAAUCUGCGGCUUUGAAGACUGAGCCAGAAACAAAGAAGUAUUGUUGGAGUGAGCAAUUUGUUUAUUGAUUUUUUGGGGGGUAAAAAGAAAAAGAAUUCAGAGGCUAUCCUGACUGCAGCAAAAACAUCAGAAACAUUCUUCCUAAAACACACACAGGUGGAGUGAAACGCAAGAAACGUCUUAGAGAUUCAAGCAAGAAACUUAGUAUCUACCUGAAUGAAAGCAGUUCAACAAAGACACAGACAGAUCUAGCUCAAUAGGGGAGAGAUUUCAUCAGGCCUCAGGGAAAUGUGUUAUGAAAGCUCCCUAACACACAAAAAAAUUCAUAUUGUGUAAAUAACAGCAUCAGAAAAUUGGCUUCAGAAUGAAAAGGAAAUGAGAGGCAAGACAGCCGAGCAGACAAAGGCUUUGUGCAGGAUUUAAUCAUCUGAGGAGAAGGCGGUCUCUGUCUCACUUCAUAUCAAGAGGACUGCUGCUCCUGCUGCUGUUGAUGCUGCAGUGUAAUCUGGUCUCCAAAAGAGGGCGAUAGAGGUUAAAAUGACUUAUUUCUAUGAUAUUUCAAAGGUGUGUGUGAGCUCGGAGUUUCUGGGCCCUUUUGAAUCAACAAUACCUGGGCAGAUCGGAAACUUUAUUUUGUUUAUUCAGCUAAUUCAUUUCUGACUGGGGCAUCGUACAGCCAGAGCUCAACCAGAGAUAGCGAUGAGAUAACUUACAUCUGUAGUUCUUUUGCAGGAGACAGAAACAAUUACUGUUAAGCACUCCCAGUUACUAAAAAUACCAGCUCUCAACAAUACAUAACAACAGUAUCUGGUACCCUGGUUUAAUAUCACAAUAUCAUAUGAAAAAACUCAAAAGCUGAAUUCACUACACCAUAACACAGCUGAUUCUUCAGGAGCUAAAACACCAUCAACACAAAAAUGAAACACCAGGGAAGGAGAGACAUCAUCAUUCACUGAGGAAAGGCUUUAUUUCAAUUCAGUCUAAAUGUGUUUUGAUCAAUAAACCACAACUGACUCAAGCAACGGGUUACGAAAAAGUGAAUCAUUUCCAUCAUCAGAGAGGAAACGAAAGCUUGAUCCUCACUGACUCUCAUUGACACUGAGGGAAAGAUCAUCUAAGGUUCUCCUAAAUCACGUGUUAUAUCUACAGCCUGGGCAGAAAAUAAAAGCAUUAGGUAAAAUAAGGAAUCACCAUCCAGGGAAACAGACUAAAGUUCAUAUAGAAAUGAUUUAUUCUCGAGAGAGCGAGUCACUCUGUCAGACGUAAACUGUUUGGUCAGCGUCUGUUUGUGCUUGUGUUGGAAAGCUGUUACUAUAACAGCAGAACCAUAAAACAAACAAAUGGCCAUAAAAGCUUAUCAGACAGGCUAAAGUAAACUGAAAACAUAAAUAUGUGAUAAAGCGAGUUGAGAGUUAAUAGAAAUCUUUUAUUUCACAGGAAUGCAGAGGACAGGGAAGCUAGCUAGGUUAGCUUAAAACACUGGUGGUUAAUGCUGCUAAACAACCGCUUAAAAAGUAGCUUCCAUUUAGAAAUUGAAUUACAUCUAUUAAACCCAUGUCUAUUUAACACUUUAAUGUAUUUAUUCUGUAUACCACUGUAGCAUUGACAUAUAAACAGCUUCUUAGCUAAGCUAACAAAGUCUCACUUAUUGUCUUUAGCUGUAUAUGCAUUCAUCUUUCGUUUUAGGCUUGCUUGUUUCUAAAAAAAAUAAAUGAAUAAAUAAAGUGAAUCAUGGUUGUAAAACAUGAGUAAGUACAGUUAUCCAGGCUGUCAUAAAAAAAGAGAAAAAUAGGUAAUUGACUGAACACUGGUGGAAAUGGUGAGAAUCAAAGACAUAGCCAAUUGGUGCUAGAAGAAAUUUGAACUAUGGACUUCAAAGUUUGGCCUCAUAUAUCAGACUCUCUCUAAUAAACUGUUGAUAUCUUGAUAAACUGCAAUCAUGGUCUAAAAAUUUUUAAGCUGUUUUAUGAGUUAACUACUUAUUUACUUUAUCUGGAAUGUGUGGUUUGAUGACAUAGUCUAGAUUGAUGAUUGACUACCAAUCAAACAGACGUAAGGUUUGAUUCAUACUGUACGUUGGUGAAACUCACCUUAAAGUGACCGUGAUAACCUCUUAAAACCAGUACACAUUAUGAACAAAAAAGAGGAAAAAAGGCAAAAUAAAUAGAACUACAGGAACCUCUCUACAGAGAUAUUCAAAACGCUGCUCUAAUAGUUGCAGAAAAUACAUGAAAAAAAAAACUCAUACUACUACUACUAGUUUAUACUACUAUAAUUGUACUGUAAUGCAUUUUGCUACUCUGAAAUAACUGCUUUUUCUUUCAAGCACAGGGUCUCAGUAAAGCAAAGCUGAACCAAAGUUCAAUUAAAGCAAUA